AAGACUUGGAAAAAUCAUUGCUGAUGCAGAAGAGUUUGAAACUCAGACCAAAGCUAUGUUGAGUGAAAAUGUCAGCAUUUUUUUUAAUUGUGCCAGUCAAGCUGUGGAGACUUCGUUGCCACCUUUUACAAGUGAUACUCCUGAGGAUUGGUGGACUUCCAUCUCUGCUGUCUCAGUGACUGAUGGACAUGAAAAUGUAAAGCCUUCUUCUCUAGCAGAUGUUGUUAAACAUGAAGUACCCUACAAAUUCAGAAUAUUUAGUGUUGUCCUCGGAUAUAGGCCAAGUUUCAAACAUGCACAUGAGCUUAUCCGCAUGCGCUGUCCCUGGUGUUGGUACAUAACUGAUGACUUGCAACCUGAACUUGUGCCACUGAAAGAACAAGAUGGGUUAUUUUAUUUCCAUUGCCCAGAUUGCUUGAGAAAUGGUCUUGAAAAAAUUCUAGAUUACACCUAUAUGUUUUCUUUGAAGAUGCAUGAUGGCACAGGACUGUCUGUUCUAGAAGUUAAUAUUUGGGGUGAAAAUGCUGUAAAAUUUCUAAAAGGAAUCCCUCCAGAAGAAGUUUUGAAAAACGCUGUAGCUGCUAGGGCAGUUUCAGAACUGUUAUUGAGCAUUUGCCCAAAUUCUCGGCCUUUAAACACAGAUAGAACUAUUACCAGUGAUAACAAAUCUUAUCCUAUUUUAGAUUGCUCAAUAAUGUCAUAUGCAAUUUUUGGUCAAAUAUUUUACCAGAUGUUCGAUACUAAAUUAUUGUAAACUUUGUUUAGUAUAUUCUCUGUAAAUAUAAACAUUUGUGUAAUGAAACUAAUUUUUUAUAUAACAAUUGCUUGUUAUUGUCAAAAUAGUUGUAUAUCUCAUGUGAAGGUUUUAGACCAAUAAAUAAAAACUUUGUCGCAAUUAUAAAA